CUUCGCACCCUUGUCACACUGCCUAACACUUGGGACAAGCUCACACAUUGAUUCAUUAUUUUCUACAGUUUCAUCUUGUGUCUCAAUCACAAAAUACGUCCAUAUUCAUAAAUUUUUGAAGAGAAAAACAAACUCCCAAUUCCAAAUUCACAUUCUUGCUCUUUAACAACUCAAUUUUUUCGUUUAAUUUCAGCUUUCUGGGAUCUUCUUUCACAGAGAAGGUAAAGGGUGUUAUCUUUUGAUGUCUACUGUUGGCAAUCCUGCAAACAUAUUCUGGCAUGAAAAUCCAGUUGGAAAGGCGGAAAGGGAAAAGCUGCUUAACCAACAGGGAUGUGUUGUAUGGAUCACAGGUCUCAGUGGAUCAGGAAAAAGCACACUUGCUUGUUCCCUAGGUAGAGAAUUGCAGUCAAAAGGUAAGCUUUCAUACGUUCUUGAUGGUGACAACCUUAGGCAUGGUCUGAACAAGAAUCUUGGGUUCUCACCAGAAAGCCGGACUGAGAAUAUACGUAGGACUGGGGAAGUUGCAAAGCUCUUUGCAGAUGCUGGAUUAAUUUGUAUUGCAAGUUUGAUAUCUCCUUACAGAAAAGAUCGUGAUGCUUGCCGUGCACUAUUGCCAGAUAAAAAAUUUAUUGAGGUUUUUAUGAAUAUGCCUCUACAACUGUGUGAGGGAAGAGAUCCAAAAGGCCUCUACAAGCUAGCUCGUGAGGGUAAAAUCAAAGGUUUUACUGGAAUAGAUGAUCCUUAUGAACCACCUUUGAAUUGUGAGAUUGAAAUACAACUAAAAGAUGGAGUAGUUCCUACACCAAAUGAGAUGGCUGGACAAGUAGUCUCUUAUAUGGAGGACAGAGGCUUUUUGGAAGCUUAGUGACCGUGCUUGCUGCAGAUAGGAAGAAAAGACUCAGCUGAGGGAAUUACCAAAAAUAUCUAGUUCUCUCCAUCUGUUUCAACAAUAUAUGUGUUGUUCGAUAGGAUUAGUUUGAGAUUGUACACAUAUGUUCAUCUGGUGUCUAGGUCCAUAGGAUGUCCAAUGUGAUACAACUAUAUGAUGCAGAGUUAGUUAUGCACCAUUGCAUCUCAAAUUCUUGUAUAUUUAUGAUGACAUUUCUCUGACUGUUUAACUUCAACUUUCGAAUGGCAGGCAAAAGAUCACCUUUGUUA